AAAAAUCGGUAUUUCAGUCCGGAAUAUUGUCGUGUAACACAUGACAACAAAAAUACGGAAGAGGCGAGUCAGCUGACACAACCGACACAAAUAGCGUGUGGCUACAUUGCGUUAAUAUCAGUUUGAACAUUUUUUUAAUCAUGGAGGACCAAGAGAUGCAUCUGAAAGUCAGACGAGUGACUGACAAAUUCACGGAGAGCAUGUACGUCCUGGCUAACGAGCCGUCGGUGGCUCUUUACAGACUGCAGGAACACGUCAGAAGGUCUCUGCCUGAGCUGGUGCAGCACAAGACUGACAUGCAGAGCUGGGAGGAGCAGAGCCAAGGAGCCAUCUACUCUGUUGAGUAUGCAUGCAGCGCAGUGAAGAGCAUGACGAAUAGCAGCAUGUAUUUCAAAAACAUCGACACCCUCCUUCGUCAAGCCAUCAGCUCGAAGGAACAGAUUAGCAACUCUCAAGGACGCAGGAAAAGGACUAUGGAAUCAGGCAUGCUAAAGGAAGGGGGAGAAAGGCACACCUCCGGGAUGUGACGUGGCGUCCUGGGCUGGUGGUGUUGCCUCUACAGUCCCUUGCUUUCCUACCUCUUGAUUAAGGCUGAAAGUGGGAGGGUCCUAAGGAUGACACCUCCUCAUCACAAUGGAGCGAACACCUCCAGUGACCCCACAGUACAAGCCGCUUGGUGGAACAGUGCACCACAGCGCUGCCAGGUUCAGCAUUAAAAACACUUAAGUCAUGGACGCUGCUCAAAGAAUGCAUUGUUCUCUCAGACUCGCUGGACAGACCCGAGAGAAAGCAGCCGUGCUGGUUUUGCCUCUGCUGUUGAAAAUCCAUUGCAAAGCCAAUGUUUUGGACAGUAAUUUUUCAGGUCUUUGUGAGUUUGUUGUUAAAGCUUGAAGACUAAAACAUUCACAUUGUAAAAGCUUAACACGCUUACCCAAGGAAAACAUAAAUGUAUGUGCAGGGGACAACAGCGAAUGCCUGAUUUCUAACCUGUAUUUCAGGAUCAAAUAUCUGUACAUGCCAGAUUAGGCAACAUGUUCUUAAAAAGGAAAUCCAGAACCUUACAAAAUAAUCUUAUUUUGUACUGUUGUUCUUACCUGCCAAAUAGACAGAAACGCCCAGGCAGAAGAGUCCAAUAGCCACAUGUCGUACAGCUCUGCUGUCUAAAAGAAACCAGUCUGCUCUGUGGAAGCAAAUGUCAUUUGUUCAGUGUCAUGCAUCAGAAAAGUUUUCACUUCAACACUGCUACUGUAGUUUUCUCACCAGUGCAUCAAUGAAGACGAUCUUAAUGCAACGCAACAGAAUUUCUGUGUUGAGUAUUUUCUUUUGGUUCAGUUAAAUACACUUUUUUGCUAUCCAAUCAAACCUUUCUUGAUCCUCUUUUUCAUUUUUCCCAUGUUAAGUUCAUAUUAUCAGAACUGUUAUGAUCUGUGUAUGUUUAAGUGCUGGUCAUUUUGUAAAGCUUAUUAUUAUUCCCAUUUUUUUGGAAUGCCCCCUCUGUUAGUUGGAAGGUCCCGGGGUAUGUUGUUGGAUUUGUAAAACGACGUGGGAAAGGGCCAGCUAGAGGCUGUGUGCUGGGUGCAUAAUGAGAGGAAGGCCAUUGUUUAGACGGGAUUCAUAGGGGCUGAGAGGUGGGGGUCGAUCAGCAAUGUCGCAGCACGGGCCUUUGCACUCUGACACACAAGGAAGGCCCUUUUAUGCUUCUGAAACUAUGUUUUCUUUUAAAGAAACUUCACUGUGGGUCACUAACAGAACAAGUAAAGAUGAUUGUGUGGGCUAGUGCAUAAAUGUAUCCCCUGCUAAACAGAUUAAAUGUUAUUUUCCACUCAAAUAAAAAAUAGCAACAUAUAUAGGA